CACAGAAAGUACAUCAUACAGUGCAUACAUACGAUGUAUCUCUACAGUAUGUAAUGUACAUCUACGUAUUGUAUUCUGUAUUGUACAUACUGUAGAAAGCCUCUCUGUCUCUCUCUCGCUCAUUGGUUCUUUCUCCGUCUACUCUACAGGAGGGUAAAAGAGGAGGAGGUAAGGUGCAGUACUCGUGUGGAGCCCGAGACCGAGCAGAGAAUGAUUCGUUGUCGUGAAAACGCGUGUACUGUUACGGAUUACCUCGGUACAUGUCGAGUUCCGCCCGCUUACCCGCUAUCUCAGUCGUCGUCGUCGUGCCCGUAACGCAUUGUCCCCUGUCCCGCUCGUUUACCCGUCUCGUCUGCGACGUUUUAAGAACCGAACACCGAACCGAACGCGCUACCUGAAAUUACACUUUACCUUUGUAAGAUUCGUAAACGUUUCUGUGAUACGCUAAGAUUAAGUUCAUUUUAUAGCGGUGACUUAUUGGUUCGCAACGUGAAAUAUUUCGUCGGCGUUCUCGUCCUCAUCCUGCUCCUGCGUCGUGUUUCCAAGUUUUUUUUUCCUUUUUUGGCUACCUUCGUGUAGUAUUUUGUUCAGUUUUAUGUAAUACUUUACUUUGUAUUCGUCGUCGAGUAUUUCGAAUUCGCUAUUGUUUUUUUGGUUUAGUUUUGAUUUCUGUUUUGUUCGGUUUUUUUUUGGUGAUUGAUUUCGCCAGUUGUAAUAAUUUCGGAAUUUUUAUCGUCUCGGCGGUUUUUUUUUUGCUUGUUUGUUUAUACUUUGGUAAAGUUUGAUCGUUCGUUGUUUGUCACCGGUUUCUACCUCUGUAAAAUAACGUAGAUAUUUUUUCAAUUCGAUUUCAGUUCACGAUAAUAAUCGUAUAGCUAAUAUUGUAAAGUUUCAUUGUGAUUUUCAUACUCUUUCGAAGACAUGUUUUUGGUGCGAAGUUUUUUAACGUAUAAUGUGCGGUUAUAAAAGUGACGAAAGUAUGUUUCGCAGAGAACCUGCUAGUUUUCCACCAGGUUUCGGGGUGGUUUCAAGCAGCACAAUUUCGUCAGCGUGGAAUACGAACGCCGUGAACUCGGCGGGCCCCGGUCCUCCAGGAAACGGCGGCAGCGCCACUCCAGAUUCCGGUUCAGUUGAUUCGAAAAAUAAUUUAGACGUUGGCGAUUGCGACGAUGACAAAGAUUUGGCAGCAGCCGAUGCCGAAGGAGUUUGGAGUCCGGAUAUCGAACAAAGUUUUCAAGAAGCACUAGCCAUAUAUCCACCAUGCGGAAGAAGAAAGAUUAUUUUAUCAGACGAAGGCAAAAUGUAUGGACGAAACGAACUAAUAGCGAGAUAUAUAAAAUUAAGAACGGGCAAAACGAGAACUCGCAAACAAGUCAGCUCACAUAUACAAGUUCUAGCCAGAAGAAAAAUGAGAGAAUUUCAGGCGAAAUUAAAAGUGGUAGCACCUACGGAUGCCGCAGUCAAAGAAAAAACCUUACAAUCGAUGUCGACGCUGUCUAGUGCUCAAAUUGUAUCGGCGACCGCGAUACAUAACAAAGCAACGGCGGCCAGUCUCGCUUCUCUUGGUCUCGCUACCUCCGCGGUUUCUUAUCCUGCCUCACCGUUUUGGCAACCUGGUCUCCAGCCUGGAACGUCGCAGGACGUGAAACCAUUCGCGCAAUCGGGCUAUAUCGCUGGCGCAACCGUUAAACCGGCGACAACCGUUAGUGCAAAUUUACAACCACCGCCUACGUUACCUCCUUGGGAAGGUAGAGCAAUAGCAACUCAUAAAUUAAGACUGGUUGAAUUUUCAGCAUUUAUGGAACAUCAUACGGAGCCAGAUACUCUACAGUACCAGAAGCAUUUGUUUGUACAUAUAGGAGGAACAGUCACUUAUUCGGAUCCUGAGCUAGAGGCGGUCGAUGCGCGCCAAAUUUACGAUAAAUUUCCCGAAAAGAAAGGCGGCCUUAAAGAACUAUUCGAUAAAGGUCCUCAAAAUGCGUUCUUCCUCGUCAAGUUCUGGGCUGAUCUCAACACCAAUAUCCAGGACGAGACGGGCGCGUUUUACGGCGUUACCAGCUUAUACGAAAGUAAUGAGAAUAUGACUAUAACGUGUUCGACGAAAGUGUGUUCAUUUGGAAAGCAAGUCGUAGAAAAAGUGGAAACAGAGUAUGCACGAUUUGAAAAUGGAAGAUUUGUUUACCGCAUCCAUCGGUCACCAAUGUGCGAAUAUAUGAUCAACUUUAUCCAUAAGCUAAAACAUCUACCAGAGAAGUACAUGAUGAAUUCCGUCCUCGAAAAUUUUACUAUUUUGCAAGUUGUAACUAAUCGUGAAACUCAAGAAACAUUAUUAUGUACGGCGUAUGUGUUUGAAGUAUCAACUUCGGAGCACGGAGCCCAACAUCAUAUUUAUAGAUUAAUUACAGAGUAAGAAAAUCUCUUUUUUUUUAUUUUUCUAUUGUAUUUAUUUAUUUUCAUUUGUGUUCUAACUCUACAUAUUAUGGCAUUUGAAUCAUGAAUCAUGUCCAAUACGGUAUUUUUUUUUCGUUUCAUUUUUUUACCGCUCCUUUUUCGAGUAACAAUUUUGUGCAAUAUGUGUUUCUUAUUUUCUUUGUAAAAAAAAAAAAAAGGUUACUUUUGAAGUAAUUAUUUAAUUAUUUAUUUCGUUGCUCGAAAAAAAGUAUACGAACCAGGCCUAAAAACCAAAUCGAACAUUAUCACUGUUUUUAUUAUCGCGUUGACGCGUGUGUUUUACUUACUAUACUUACAUAUACGAUUGUUUCUGUUUUGUUUGUUUAUUUUUUUUUAAAUUCCAGUGUGUUUUUUUAAAAAAAUGGAAAAGAUUACAUAAGUUUUAAUAAUUUUGAAUUUUGUACAUAUAUAUUUAGAGUUAGAAAUUUGUAAAAUGUAUCUAAAAAAAAAAAAACUAUCACACGUUUGUGGUUGAUUUAUAUUUUUCGCAGUGCCUGUCUUUUUUAUUAUCAUUAUUAUUAUUACGUUUUACUUACUUUUUUUUUCUCUCGAUAACACAACACAUUCAUGUUAUAUUUAUUUUUAUAAUUUUUCGCCGUUACGAAAAUUUUUCCCAUUAAAAAUUGCGAAGAAAUUGUUGCAUUUUUCAGGCUUAAAAUAAUGUAAUAUUGAUUUUUUCAAACUAGUCGUGAUGUUUUUUCAUAAAUUGAGAAAUGUUGUUGUUCUUAUAUAUUUUUUUUUCUAAGGUAAGUUAGUUUGUAAACAUGUAAACGGAUGAAUUUAUUUCGGUAAAUUUUUUUUUUACGAAUAUAAUGCCACCUGUGAGAUUUUGUUUGUGUUGUGUUUGAUUAUUGUAUAGUAUACAGAUUCGUGUAUUAAGUGUGUAAACGUAAAUAUAUUUUCUUAGAAUUUUUUUCUGAAUAACAUGAUCUCUUGUUGAAAUACGAGUAAAUUCGUUUUUAUGUAUGA